AUGGAGAGUUGGAAGAACAUUCCAUUAUCUAAAGAAGAGGAAGAAGGAGUUGUAGCGGCAGAAGAUGAGAUUAAUGGAGAUGAAAUUUUUCAGAGAACCUUGGCUGGGAAACUCUGGACUGACAACAGCUUCAAUUCGAGGGCAUUUACAAGUACAAUGAUUAGUGCUUGGAAACUUAUGAACCCAGUUGAAACUCAGGAGCUCAACAAAAAUCUGUUUCUCUUUCGGUUCUCUACAAAGAGAGAUCUAGAGACUGUGUUGCGAAAUGGACCAUGGAGCUUUGACCGAAACUUGUUGGUUCUAGUUCGAAUUUCUGGAGAAGAACAACCUUCUGCACUGAAUAUGCACUUUGGAGUCUUCUGGGUUCGGAUCUACGAACUCCCUUUGAUACUCAGAACAGAAGCUAUGGAGAAAAAGAUUGGUGGCAUCAUUGGAGAUUUCGAAGAGAUGGAUCAGAAAGAAGCACAUAAAAACGGUUGGUUCCUCCGUGUCAAAGUGAAAAUGGAUUUAAAACAGCCGCUGAAAAGAGGCACGGUGGUGAAGUUCAAGGACAAGACUCUGAGGGUCCAUUUUAAAUAUGAGCGUCUACCUACUUUUUGCUUUGUCUGCGGUAGGAUUGGGCACCAGUUAAAGGAUUGUGAAGCCCUGGGUGACAUCAGUGAAGAGGGAUUUGAAGAUAUUGAAGAGCAGGACCUGUCCUUUGGUCUUUGGCUCAGGGCCUCUCCUCUGCCCAGAACAACGGAAGAACAGCAACAGAAAGAUUCAAGCUCAGGAACGUGUAGCAGGAGCCUUUUCAACAUUUCUUCUUCUCAAAGUAAAUGCGGUUCAAAAGGCAAAGAGAAGGAUGAUGAGGCUGAAGUGGAGCAGCAGCCAGUCAGAGAAAUUACGAACACGGAAGGAAAAAAGGAAGCUGAGGGAGCGAAACAAAUCUGUAACCUUGCGAUGGAAUCAGUAGCAGAGUCUCUUGGUGCGGUUGAUAUCUCCAAACUAACGUUGAACACAAGGAUUAGCCAACAAGGGAUUACAAAAAAGAAAAAGUGGACAAGGAGGAAAUCAGUGAAAAAAGUAAUUCAGGAGAAAAUUAAGAACAAAGAAGCCGAGUCUAGUAAGAGGCAACUUAUUGAGGUCAUGAUCACCGAAGGCUCCCUGGAAGAUUGA